AUGCAGCGAGCGACAUACGCGCAGUCGCCUCCCCUUCACCAUCCAGUCCCUCAGCAUGUGUCGACCGUCCCUCAAUUAAGAUCGCCACCUCCUCCUCCAGGCUCCGCGCAAUCACAGCAAGGCUACGCUGCCAACGCGGGAGGAAACCCAUAUCAGCAGCAGGGAGGCACCAGCGGCAACGUCUUUGGCCAGUAUGGCAACUUCAUGAACGACCCUACAGCACAGGUGGCGGCGCAGUUUGGACAUACGGCCUUUAAGCAUGGACAGGAGUAUAUGGAGCAGAACUUUGGUCGAUACGUCAAUGUCUCUGCCCUCAAGCAUUACUUCAAUGUCUCCAACUCAUACGUCGUCAAUAAACUCUUCCUCGUCCUUUUCCCCUGGAGGCACAAGCCCUGGUCUCGCAAGCAGGCUGUUGGUCAGAAUGGACAAGAGGGCUGGUACCUGCCCCCACGAGAAGACAUCAACAGUCCCGACAUGUAUAUUCCAGUUAUGGCACUUGUGACAUACAUUCUACUCUCGACGCUGAUCGCUGGUCUUAACCACCAGUUCCAACCAGAGCUUCUUGGAAAGACAGCUACAAUUAGUCUAAUUGUUGUCAUCGUUGAGAUCUUCUUCCUGAAGCUGGGAUGCUACCUCCUGAGCAUAUCCAGCCAAUCCCAACUCCUUGAUUUGAUUGCCUAUUCUGGGUACAAGUUUGUCGGAAUUAUUGUUACUAUUGUCGUUGCUGAGAUCCUUAACGGCGGCAAGGGCACCGGUGGCUGGGUUGGCUGGUUGGUCUUUGUCUACACCUACCUUGCAAACUCGCUCUUCUUGAUGCGAUCACUCAAGUACGUCCUCCUGCCCGAAACAUCUGCCGGCUCCAGUGGGCCAAUGCAGACAGACUCACGGGCGAAGCGCAGCCAACGCACAAAGUUUCUUUUCAUCUACUCCUACUUUGUGCAGCUCUUCUUCAUGUGGCUUCUCACCAGGGCAUAA